UCCUCUUUGCAAGUUUAUAAAUGCCGUCUCCGAGAAUUAACCGGAGAGGUAAUGAAGAGAAGAAUCGAAAAGGAAAGUUAUCGGAAAAAUCCAUGUCGUUUCACGGACAAAGCUCAGGGAGCAGCAGCUCAUCCUCGGAGCUAUUGCGAAGGCCGAGAACGGUGCCGAACUUGCUCGCCGGUGUUAGAACUUCCGCCGGUGACUCGACGGCGAUGAAUUUCCGGCCGAGGAAGUUGACGAAGAUGCUGGUGAACGUGACGAUUCAAAGGAGUGUUGGACCUGUACAGGUACUGAUAUCGUUGGAAUCGACUGUAGACGAUCUCAUCGCCGCCGCACUACGGCAGUACUCGAAGGAAGGAAGACGACCGGUGAUUUCCUCCGGUGACGCCGCUGAUUACGAUCUUCAUUACUCGCAGUUCAGUUUAGAAAGUUUGGACAGGAAGGAGAAGCUCACCGCUUUGGGGUCAAGAAACUUUUUUAUGUGUCCGAAAAACGUUGGCGCAACGACGUCGUCUUUAAGCUGUGGAAUACAAGCAGAUACAUCUAACAAGAUACCUCUGCCAUGGCUCAAAUUCAUGGAUUUCUUGCUAUAAGGGUAGUUGGUGCACAAAGCAUCACGCGUUUAUGCAAGGUUCGAGGCAGGGCCGAAUUUUGAGGUGUGAUGUUGGCAACCUACCCUGAUACAAGCAUUAGCGGUCGAACCGACGACUUAUAGGUCACACGUAAACAACUUAACUGUUGCUCCAAAGUUUCUCUUCGGUAUCAUGGAUUUCUUGCUAUGGAAAAUUAAAUUUAGAGCCUUGAAAUUUAGUUAUACUCCAUAUUUUUUGUGAGAUGCUAAGUUCUAAUAGAUCUCUUCUCGGGUUAAUUCAAUCAAUAUUCGAAAGAGGGCUGGCUUUUAACGACUACAAAAGUGUUAUUUAUAUUUUAUUCCUAUGCUCGUUUUUUGUAGUUUGUCAUAGUUUGAGAUUGAUAUAUUGUAUAUAUUAUAGUUAGUCAGAAGUUGAGAAAGAUGUAUUUAAAUGAUCUCAACAUGGUGUAGCAUUGUUUUUAAAUGCUAAAUUUGAAAUGUAAUAUACUAAUGCUAAAUUUGAAAUGUUUUCCUUCAUACCAAA